UGACAUUGUUGGAUGUCUGAGGCAACACACUGACUUUGGCUGAGAAAACAGGCAGCAAGAUGGAUGUUUGCAGAUAUUUGAUUGUGUAUUACUUCAUGGCGUUCACCUUUUUCAAAGUGGCAGCUUGCUCUGAGGUCUCCAUUAUUGGAGGCAAAGAUGUCAAAAAAAUUCAACCAUGGAUGGUUUCCAUUCAGAAGAACCAGAAGCAUGUGUGUGGAGGAAUCCUGGUUAAAGACCAGUGGGUUUUAACUGCAGCAAAUUGCAAAGAAGAACCCAUUAGAUCUGUGACAGUUCUCAUAGGAUCUCUGUCUCUGAGUAAAGGCACUCAGCGUGUUGGCAUCCUCAGAUACGAGUACCCUAAGACAUUCAAUGCAAGAACUAAACAAGAUGACAUCAUGCUCAUUAAGCUAAACAAAAAAGUGAAAGCAAAACCCAAAAAAAUCCCUAAAAAGGAAAAAGGUGUUCCACCUGGAACAACUUGUGUCGUGACAGGUUGGGGAACUGCUGAUUCUAACAGUGAGAAACCUUCUGAUAAACUGAAAAUGUUAGAGGUGUUAGUCAUGCACAGGGACCGGUGCAACCGCUACUACAACAGAGACCCUGUGAUCACCGAAGACAUGCUGUGUGCAGGAGGCAAGCAAGAAAAGACAGGCACCUGUUGGGGAGAUGCCGGUGGACCUCUGGAAUGUAAGAAAAACAUAGUUGGAGUGGUAUCCGGGUCAAAAGUAUGCGGUAAUCCCAAGAAACCGACUGUGUACACCUUUCUCUCCCAAAGACACAUCCUCUGGAUCAAUAACAUACUGAAAAAGCAAUUCAACAGCACAUCCUUUUAAGAAGCUAAAUAUUUCCAGCAUGUAGACUGUUGAUUAGUUCAGAUUGCUGUAACAAAAAAACAAAACAAAAAAAAAAUGCUUUUGGAAUUAAGAUUAAAUGUAUAUUCACAAAGUAAUAGCCUACUGGAUUAUUUUUCACACUUUUUUAACAAGUAUUAAAAUUGAGCAAUAUGUAUACGAUAUUGCAUUAAUACAAAUUUAGUGAAGAAUACUUUUCUACUAUGCUUUAUUUUUGAUGGACACACUCAUAUUAUGGUUAAACAAAGACUAGAAGAUGACCUACAUUGACUGGUGAACAAAUUAUAUUUCUUUUUAUGGUUUGUUUGCCAGCUGAAACUCAAUUUUAUCCUUAAUUUGAUAGAUGAAACUUUCAAAACAAAACACAAGUUAAUGAGUGAAUUGGUUAUUUAAUUAGUAAUGUUUUCUUAGUUUGUCUUCCAUUACAUUGAACACAUUAUACAUUAACACCAAAGCACAUCAAGUAAACUCCCACUGGCUUU